UUGAAUCACAAAACCAACGGUAUCCAAAAAUUCCCUAGGAACAGUAAGAAGAAGAAGAAGAAGAAGCUGCAACAGCAACAACAAUGGCGGAUUGCGAAAUACAGAAGACGUUAGAUCCAGAGACAGAGUUUCUAUUAUCGAAAAGAGAAACCGGAAACGAGUGGGAAACUUUCAAAGAAAACGUGAAACCGUUGAAAAGAGGACGUAACGUUAACAUUCUCAAUCACGCUCUUAAAUCACACAUCGAUAAUAACAUCAAGAGAUCCCUUAUUCAUCACCGAAGAAAGCUUAUUGAAGAAAUCGAUGAUUACAAAGGCGAAGAUCCUCUUCUCCCUUGGCUAGAGUGUAUCAAGUGGGUUCAGGAAGCGUUUCCUCCGGGUGGAGAUAGCUCAGGGUUGGUGGUGAUUUAUGAACAAUGCGUUCGUGCUUUUUGGCAUUCGGAGCAGUAUAAGGAUGAUAUGCGCUAUCUCAAAGUGUGGCUUGAAUAUGUAGAUAAUUGCUUUGAUAAAGAAGUUAUAUAUGCAUUUUUGGAUGCAAACGGAAUUGGAAAAACUCACUCCGAUUUCUACAUUUCUUAUGCUUUGCACUUGGAGUUUAAGAACAAGUUUAAAGCGGCUAACCAGACAUUUGAACUUGGCAUAUCUAGGAACGCUCAGCCCAUUGAGAAAUUGAAAGCUGCUUAUAGAAAAUUUCUUGCACGCUCAAUGACAAGAAAACAAGCUAUAGAUGAACCAAUGGAAAAACAGGCACCUGUGCGUAGCUUUGGAACUCUUCUUGCCAAGGGAGAAAAUAGUGCGCGGUUGACCUCUAUGAAGGGUGAUCAUUCUGCUAAGAAUGAUAGGACUAGAGCAGCUCCACUUUCCAUUUAUAAUGAUUCAAAUGCCAGUGAUGAACCCUGCCCACAUCAGCCAGACCUGUCACACUCUUGGCUCAAACUCGGAGCUCGAGCUGAAAGAAACAAGGAAAACAAUGCAAUUCCUGCCAAAUGGAAAUCCUUCAAGAUUCCACAGAGACCAGGGACUAGAACUGCAGUUGCUAGUGCAAGUGCCUGCAUCCCAGUGUUUGUUGAUGAAGAAUGUCAAGAUUCACUAGGUCUGAAAGAAGAGGGUUGUAAGACCUCAAGUUUGAAGAUUAGGCAAGAAGAUGAAAAGGACUUGAAAAGAGAAACAGAGUUACUAAGGAAGAAUCCAUUACGCAACUUUCCACAAAACAGCCUCCCUAGAUAGUUGAUACUCUGAAAGGUUGUUGUCCUUCGCAGCACCAUGCUAUAUUUUCCUUUUAACAAUUUGUGGGUCAGCUUUUCCCUAGAAAGCUUGACCGCCACAUGUAUCUUUUGUUUCAAGUUGGUAUUGGAAUUUCUGGUUUGUAUGAUUGAUGAAUUUUUAGGUUGUAACAAUAAUCUGUUUGUAUCUCUAGAAAUUUGUAGUGAGAAAGCAUAAAAAUUUCUCCAGUUAUAAGUAUGUGCGUUUGUGAGCUAUCUAAUAAUGAUUAAUAAUGAUUGACGUUU